AUGCCCAGAGACCCGUUGAUUGGCAUUGUUGGCAAGCCAUCUAGUGGCAAAUCCACAACCCUCAACUCCCUUACAGACGCUUCGGCAGCUGUCGGUGCUUUCCCGUUCACCACCAUCGAGCCUAACAAAGCCACAGGCUAUCUCCAAGUUCAAUGUGCUUGUUCCCGGUUCCCCAACCACAUCAAUUGUAAACCAAACUACGGCUGGUGUUCUGACGGAAACCGUCACGUACCAAUAACCCUGCUCGACGUCGCAGGUCUUGUCCCCGGUGCGCACGAAGGUAGAGGCCUCGGAAAUAAAUUCCUUGAUGACCUAAGGCAUGCAGAUGCCCUUAUUCACGUCGUAGACGUCAGUGGAACCACAGACGCUGAAGGCAAAGCAACCCGUGGUUAUGACCCACUCAACGACAUAGAGUGGCUACAGGAGGAGAUCCGCCUAUGGAUCCAAGGCAAUCUUUUGAAGCGAUGGCCCUCCAUAGUCCGCAAACACACUGCAACAAACUCAACCACCUUACAGACCCUCCAAGCCCAAUUCGGCGGUUAUGGCGCAACCUUAACCACCACCCAGAGAACCUUGGACAGCCUCCCUGCGGACCUGCCCCCACUGCCCCGCUGGGAUGAAUCCCAAGUCUCCACCGUCGUCAAGGCCUUCAUGCAACAAAAAUUCCCUACUGUGCUGGCCCUGAAUAAAAUCGACCACCCCGACGCAGAUAAAAACAUCUCCAAGAUUAUACUAAAAUAUCCACAAACCCGCGCAGUACUGACCUCUGCGAUCACUGAACUAUUCCUACGAAAACUAGUAAAACAACGCUACAUACACUACAAACAAGGUUCCGACAUCAUAGAAACAUACGAAGAUCUCCCCACCUCAUCUCUAAGGCCUCUGGACGAUGCACUAAAUCGCCGUAUAGAAAACGUCCGUGACUUAAUACUCUACCGCUUUGGAUCCACGGGCGUUCUCCAAGUCCUGCAGGCUGCCGCCGACCUCCUACACCUUAUUCCUGUAUACCCCGUACGAAACCUGCAUCCCCUCAACGGCGGCGGCGCCGCCGCCGCCGCCACAAAACAACAACCCCACCCGGAAAACAUCUUCCGGGACUGCCUGCUCGUCGAGCAGGGAACCACCGUACGCUCGGUGGCCCGCACCCUCGUGGGCGACGCCCCACUGGCCUCGGUGGAAACUCUCGGCGGCACCCGAGUCAGCGAUUCCGCCGCCAUCGAGCCUGGCAAGAACGACAUACUCUCCUUCCGCCUAGCCCCACGUCCGUCCGCGGCCCCCCCCUAG